AAAUUAACUAAACAUCAACAAUAUGAUAACUGCCGAACAAUUUGGUUUAUUAGAAUCAGGCCCAACUUUCAACUAUUGGAUCUACGUGCCAAUAGGAUUAACUCUCGCUUCAAUGCUCAUCUCUGUCAUGGCUCAAUAUUUUUCCUAUUUUUGGCCAACCAUAGAAAUCAAACCACAAUUCAAGAAUAAGACAACACAUUACGUUUUCCUUUCGUAUUGUGUGAAUCACUCACUUGCUGCAAUUUUGACAACUUGUGUUGCUGCCUAUACUUACUAUUAUGGUAGCUGUUAUGAAUCGAAUAUCUUUUCGAUGGAACCAUUCGAAAUGAUGUGUUAUUUGAUGAAUGUCAUGUGGUGCACCUUGCAACAGGUAUUAAUUUAUGACUUUUUGAUUUAUGCUUUCCAUAGAUCUUGUCAUACCAACAAGUGGAUGUAUAUUCACAUCCAUAAAUGGCAUCACGAAAAUAAUACUCCAAAUGGGGUAUGUGAUGCUAUUUAUGGUGAUGCAUUUGAAGGAACUUUGGUAGCAUACUUUGGAGUUGGUCAAAUGAUGUUCUUCUCCUUGCCAGCUAGCUCUAUUUGUUUAUUCUUAUUCUUGAUUAGUUUCUUUGUGCAAUUAAAUCAUUGUGGACGAAAGGUCAGAAUUCCAUAUGUUUAUACUUACAAAUUCCAUGCUGUUCACCAUAGACAUUUCAAGUGGAAUUUUGCUGAACAUUUGCCUGUUUGGGAUUUCUUAUUUGGUACAAUGAAAUUGAAUGAAAUUAGUGAUGAACAGUUUUAAAUUCUAUUCGAAAGGAAGAACACCAAAAAUAUAGAAACAUGUACAUAAUAAUAAUACUAACGAGAAAGUUUCAGUGCGAUAACACGGAAACAACCAAAAAACAAAUAAAAACUAAUUUAAAUUAUU